UUGAAUCAAGUAGCCUAGAUUUUAGCUAGUUGCUGCAGCUGUUAGCUAGACUAUAUAGCUAACAGAUGGUCAUAGUCGUUGACAACUUUCGCCUUUCUGGGCAUUUCUCUGCGGAUCUCUGGGGAUUGCCUGGAUUAUAGCUGUUGCAGCAUAUGAGCGCCUCUUAAACAUUGCGCUGAAGGAAGAUGGACGAUGACCUGGAGAGCUUUCUUGCCGAGCAGAAGGCUAAAGUGGCUGAGGAGAGGGCCAUUUUGGCUCAGGAUCCACCCUAUCUGGAAAUCAGGCAGACAAAGGGUUUCAAUGCCUACAACUCCACCAUAAAGGAAAAUAUCCCUCCCUCCAAAUGGUCCUCGGUCCAGAGACCUCCCAGCAAUCCAGAGGAGAGUGCCAGCCUGAGCUUACAGCUGGGGGAGGACUAUGAGAGGAAGAAGCACCGGCUACAGCAGGAGCUGCGUCUGGACUACCGGCGCUACAUGGCUCAGGGAAAGCAGGUGAAUGUAGCUGCAGGGGAAGCAGGGCUUUCCCAGCACGGCCUCUCCCUGCCCCUCACAGUGAGGAGACGUGCACAGGCCCUCUCCAAAGGUCCCUCGUACUCCCUUGAAAAUCAGCCCAGUCCUAGACCCCCCACCAUCAGAGAACAGCCCCCCUCCAGAAAAGAUGCCGCCACCCUCAUAGAGGCAGGGCAGUCUGGACCGGCGGUGCCCAGGGGGCGGAGACUUCAUGAGGGGAGGGGCUACCGACCAGGGGGGGAGCUGGACCAAUGGGAGAGGCCCAGGGUCACGAGGGCUGAGCUCGGCUGGGGGCGGGACUGUUCGGACUACGAGGAAGAGGAGGAGCUUGCUGCCCUUGACAGGAGAGCACCCAGAGGAAGCCAGGAGCCGGGCCACACGGACAGGAGGGGGCGACGUUACAGAGCUGACAGAGAUGUGCCGAGACUCAGGGAGAGGGGUCUCAACGACUUUGAAGACUUCCCGGAAAUGUUACGCUAUGUGCAAAGACUACGAAAUGAGAAUAGGCUUUUGAGGGAGAGGAGAGGGGCGGAGCCUCCUCCCGCAUGCGACGAUGACCACAGGGACGAGAGCCUAGGGACGCUGUCCACAACCCCAAAACCCAGGCUUCAGGAGGCGGGGCCGGGGAGGCCCAAUGAGAAGUCCAGGUCCACCGUCAGGAAGGACGAGGCGGAGUUCGCCACGGGGCUGAUGAUUGGUGCUGCAGAUGCAGACGCUGUUGCGCAGAGGAGGAAAGAGCUGUACAGACAGGAGCUGCAGGAGCAGAUGGCCGAACAGCAAAGAAACAGAAAGAGGGAGAAAGAACUGGAGCGUAAAGUUGCUGUCACAGGAGCUUUAGACCCAGAAAAACCGCCUGACCGCAUCAGGUAUUUUGGACCAAUGGGGCGCAACUCCUCCCAGAUGGGGCGUGGCCUAGAUGCACCUAGCAGGGUAGACUUGGGGGGAGCGGCUCAUGAUGAGAGGCUGCCCCCUGAAAGACCACGUGUGGCCUUCCAGUCCCCCCUCCUGGACUAUGGCGCCGCCCUGGGGGUGCUGGAAGGCAGCACGACCAGCGGGGUCACCCCUGUCCAUGAGGACUACCACAGAGGGCCCUCCAGUAACCUGGGAGACCUCAGUGCCGCCAGACUCACAGGUGUCCCUCAGCCUCCUCCGUCCACUCUGAGUGACAUGUACAGGACGCCGUAUGAUGAUGCGUAUUUCUACUACGGCGCUCGGGACCCGCUGGACCCAGGCCUGGCCCACUAUGGACCUGCUACAGUGGCUCCGCCCACAGCCUUGAACCUUCUGUCUGGGGCGCAGUCGCUGGCCCCGCCCGGUCGCCUUGGGCCCCACCCACCAUUCUCCAGUCAGAGGGACGCUGGCCCUUUAAGACCGCGGGCUGGUGUCUUUCCGCCAGGGAAGGACGAGACGCAGGCCAAAGAGAGCCUGCGGAGCUACCAGGAAGCGCUCAAGCAACAGAUCAGAGAGCAGCAGGAGCGCAGGAGGAGGGAGAAGGAGGAGAGAGAGCGGGACGAGGCCCGGCUGGAGGCGGAGAUGAGGACCUACGACCCCUGGGGGCGUGGCGGGGGCGGAGCCCCUCUCAAAGACGGCCAAGGAAACCUCAUCAGUGAUCUAAACCAAAUGCACAAAACUAACGAGGAGGCCUACCUGAACCCUUCGUCCCGGGACAAGAGAGAGUUAGGGUCCAGUGACAGGAAAGAGCCUUCCCCCAAAACGGGAGAGAGACCCCCCUCCUCUCUUAGAGUCUCAGGUUUUACGUAUGGGCAGUCUCCAUUCGCUCGCGGCAGCGUGUUUACAGACGUGCCCACACCACAGCAGCUUCAGCAGCAGGACAAGUACAAGGACUGCCUCAGACAGCAGAUUGAGGAGAAGCGGUGCAGGGAGGCGGAGGAGCGUGAGCGCCUGCGGCAGGAGGAGGAGAAGGAGGAGAGGAGGCUGGAGGAGCAGCGGGCCAGGAUCCUGCGGGAGUACGAGGAGGAGCAGGAGAAGAGGAGGCGGAAAGAGGUGGAGCAAAAGGCCAAAAACGAGGAGCUGGCGCGCCUGGCGGAGGAGCGGCGCAAGGAGGCGGAGAGGAAGAAGAAGGAGCAGGAGGAGAAGGAGAGGGAGGUGCGGAGGAGGGAGUACGAGCAGGAGCGGCAGGCGCGGUUGCAGGAGGUGGUCAGGGAACCAUCCCCACCAAUCCCGACGCUGCAGAAGAGGUGGGGCUCCCGGUACACGCCCCGCCCCCCCUCCGUGGACAGCAGGCGCUCCACUGUCACCCUUUCCGAGCGCUGUCUGUCAGGCUCACAGUCUCCCCCUGUACCGGCCCAGAGAAACCAGCUUAGAGCUGCAGCUGAGCAUCAGGGUGUGAUCAGUGAGCUGUCGGCUCUGCGCAGGCAGCUGCGCAGUGAACAGAGACGGCUGGGGGAGCAGAUGCAGGCUGAGUGGGAGGGGCUGGACACGCCCCUCAGUGAGAGUUGCAGGGAGCGCCCUCACGUGGACGUGUUUGACAUGGCCCGACUGCGCAUUCAGGCCCCUGUCCGGAGACCCUCCUCCAAAACCUCAGAGCCAAUCAGUGUCCAGAGCAGCUGUGACUUCAAACCGCUCAGAUACAGAGGCAAGGACUCUGCAGAGGACGCAGGGCAGUCCUUGUACCCAGAGCCCCCUGGUGAGGGGAGCAUGCAGCAGAGGCGGGCUGCCAACCUGAGGAGGGGCGGAGCCAACGAUUAUUUUGACCUUUCACCUCGGGUCCACCACGUACGUCAUACGAGGAAGUGUUCUGAGGAUGGUUCUCUCCGAGGGUCUCUGCUGGAGUCAGAGAGUGCAUUCAUCGAUCCGAACGGCGAGGCGUUCCCGGUUUCCCCGGAGCCGGAACUGAGGCCCCGGCAGCUCUCCGCCCGAGAGAGGAGGAGGAUGAAGAGGGUGGAGGCUCACAGUGAGAGGGGGAGUGAGAGAGGGGAGAGACAGCUAGCAGAUCCCCAGCCCAAUCAGGUCAAAGGUCAUCAGGGUGAUCGAGGGGAGGAGACUGAGGAUCCCAGCUGUGGUGACUGGAGAAAAGCUGAAGGGCACCCCCAAGUCUCUCAGCCGGCCCCACACCGAGAAAUCUCCACGGAAACCAGCCGCACGGAGACCUGGACGAGGCCCGGCACCUCAGACGCCCUGAAGCGCCUCGGGGCCGACCCCGCCCACUCGGACAGGCCGUCCAGUAGGGAGUCUCUGGUGCACGGUUGGGACGGCCCCUCCACCUAUCACGGUUGAGCCCCGUCUUUGCCCCGUCCCCUCUCAGCCAAUGAACUCACACUCCGCACUUUCUCCAAUUAGAAUAGUUUCCCCCCCCGAAAGCGCCAACAAUGGAUCCAGGUUCGGCUUUUCUAGCCCUGUGGCUGCAGUUGGAUUUAAGACUGAGACGGCUGAUCCUAGAUCAGUCAGUAAGGAGAGGCAGACAGUCUGGACAGUGUCUGUGUGCAAGUUGUGUGCUGGUCCUGGUUUGGUCAACUGCAGAAUUUGCUUUCAGUGAAUUUUCCUCCUCUUCAACUGUGUCACUCCGUCCAACUAUUAAUGUGCACCCGAACGUAUUAAUAUAUACUACCUCUGGUUUAUUGUUCAAAAACUUUUAAAUAUAAGAAUGGGAGGGUCACUCUGCUGUUUCUAAAGAAUAUUUUAUGCGAUCUAGCAAUCAAAAAUAAAUUUAGAUUCUUGGAAAACUUGACAAAUUCAAAUGGAAGGCUGACAUUGGACACAAGUAAAAAAAAAUGUUUGGGACCCCUGCCAAAGACUGAGGUUGAGUUGAGCAUUAAGUUUGAUAUACAGGGUAAAGGGAAGUGCAGUCCAGUGCUUUAGGUCCUGUCUUCAGGCUACAGGGGUUUAAUGGUCAAUAUGGCAUGUGGAUGGGCUGGUGUGGUUGGCAAAUUGAACACAUUGAAUUAUUGAAUGGGUUUAGCCAUCCAUGUUAUUUAAAAGCUGUGCAAAUACACACAGGACCUGCACAGCUUGAUAAGCCAUCAGUGUGAAAAUGUGACACUGCCUGUAACCACAGAUGUAGCCCAGCCCAUCUGCGCUGAGCUGAACAUUGUUUGAACGUUUGCUUGGCGUUGCGUGUUGAGCUCACUGUAGCGCAAAGCAGCCAUUCCUAAACCUAGACGUGGAGUGUUCCUUUUUUUUCUUUCCCCAUUUGGAAAGUGACACAGGCAGUGUUCCCAUUUCCUGUGAUUUUUCUUAAUGUCAUCACCUGAAAAUGUAAUAUUUUAAUAUGCAGUGUGGAUAUUUUGCCUUGAUGUGAAUUGGUUUUUGCUUUGGAAAUGGUAUUUAAUAAAUUAUAUUUUUUUAAAGAAA